AUGGAUGGCCGAAUCGUUCGUCGCGCUCCUAUCAUUGACUCAUUCAUGUUGCCAAUUCACGAGGAGAGUUUUCGGCCUCGAGCUUGUACAAAGCUCUUAGAACGACGAAUCGUCAAUAUCUGGAAGCGCGUCACCCGUGCCAUGCGUGCACCUGAGCGGACAUCUAUGUUACCUGAAGACUUUGUUCUCAUGAACGCUCGCCGUCGGAGCCUCUAUAUCAAGAAUGUGCAAUAG